CGGUAAUUUUGGGUACGAGACUCGACAAUCGGACUUGGAACGAGCGUUCUCCAAAUAUGGAAGAGUUGAUCGUGUUGACAUGAAAUCUGGAACAUCUGCUAAGGGAAAAAUGAGCUUCUAUAUUGGCUUGCCAUCUUCUCUGCAAUAAAACUUCUUAUGCAAAGGCAACCUACGUGCUUACCUGCUCUCCUCACCUAAUGCAGUUGGAAUAGUUCCACAUCUAUUUCAUCCAAUCUUCUAUUUCUCUUUCAUCAAUGUGCCUAGCAAUUGCCAUCUCACCAAAUUGUAGUGGUGGGGAUUAAUUCAUCAUGCCAUGAUUUCCACAGUAGCGAUAAAGGGUUUAUGUGUCAGUUCAUCAUGCCAUGCCUACCAUCACUAAUCAUCUUAAGGCGAUCAAUGAGUUCUGUCAUGCCAUGACUUCCAUUUACUGAACUUUUGCUGUGAAAUUGGUGAAGCAUGCUUAGCGAUGAUGACUACUCAACUUUCACCAUGAUCUAGCCUUAAUUUGCCUCCAUCAUUAUUCAUCUUUGUUUAGUUCACCAUGCAAGGCCUCUACAUCCUUACUUUCAUCAGAACCUUCUCAUGUUUGCAGGAUUUGCGUUUGUUUAUUUCGACGAUGAGCGUGAUGCUGAAGAUGCCAUCCGGGGUCUUGACAAUUUACCAUUUGGGUAUGACAAGCGUCGAUUGUCUGUAGAAUGGGCUAAGGGUGAACGCGGUAGGCAUCGUGAGGAGAAGGCAGCAAACCAGAGACCUACUAAAACCCUCUUCGUGAUAAACUUUGACCCUGUGCGUACUAGAGACAGUGACAUAGAAAGACACUUUGAGCCUUAUGGCAAGGUACUGAAUGUGCGCAUUCGUAGAAACUUUGCAUUUGUGCAAUUUGAAAACCAGGAAGAGGCAACUAAAGCCUUGGAAUGCACUCACAUGAGUAAGAUACUCGAUAGGGUUGUUUCUGUUGAGUAUGCUCUGAGGGAUGACGAUGAGAGGGGUGGGGCCCACGAGAGUCCAAGAAGAAGUUACGGUAGGCGUGGAGAUAGUCCUCGCCGAAGGUCACCCAGUCCAGCAUACCGAAGGAAUCGACCUAGCCCUGAUUAUGGGAGGCCUCGAAGCCCAGUUUAUGAUAGGUACACUGGUCCAUCAUAUGACAGGCCCAGGAGUCCUGCUUAUGGGAGAUACCGAAGUAGGUCGCCUGCCAGGAGAAUGAGAACCUGAUGGAAGGGUCGCUCGAACAAUGGUUAAUGGGUCUGUAAAUGCAGUCACAAGCUUAUAGUUUAGUGUCGAAGAUACUCUGAAUUUCAGUAGUUCGAAUGUGAUGGAUUUUUGUGGGUUUCUCUUAAAAAAGCUAGUAACUGAUGUAAUUGGUUUUGGUGACCUAUGGAGUUUCUAUUUCGAAUACUCUAUAAUGUUUCCUUAUGUAGUUUACCAUUUACCCUGGUUGGACGAGCUAAACAAGAAAUCCUUGUGGUGUUAUGUUCUCGUUUGUUAAACAGCAACAAGAACUCCGUAUUUCAUAUUUGAUUUGUGGUUUAUAAAUAUUCUCAAGUUCUAGUUUGGUUAA